CUGUUAAAUAUCGGCGUUUUUACAAUCUUUAACCAGAACACACGUGUUUACGUUUUUAAUAAAUUGAACGCAAUUUCUUCAUUUUAUUUUUAUUUUCGGGUGUAAUUUAACAUCCUACAAACAAAAUGGGCAGAAAUAAUCGCUCCCGAAAACGCCGCGAUGAAAUGAACAAGAUAAAGAAGGCGCGAUAUGAAGCUAAAGAGCUAAUUCGUCUAAAGAAAACUCUGGGACUCCUAGACGCCGAUGGAAAUGAGAUUAUGAAAGAUAUUAGUGAUGUGGUCGAAGUUAAGACCGCUAAGGAGCUUAAAAGGGAAGCCAAAUCCAAGGAAGAACAAGAAUUGAUAUACGAGCACCAGGAAAGUCUAGAGAAGGGAGAAAAAGUGAAAGUCACCAACGAAAAUACUGGCGUGGAGCACGUUUUCAACAGCAAGACCCUUAAAGAUCAGUAUGGCAAUUACCCUGCGUGGUUCAAGAAGAAGAAGACCGCUAAGCGUCUAAGGAAGAAGCAGCACUCCCAGAAAAAGAACUUCAAACAGGCAUGGACGACAGUUAAUGUGCCCCUUUAAAUCCGGGUCAGGUUUACCCAUCUGGUAUCUUAUCGUAGUUUGUAAGACCUCGCUUAGUUUAGGAGAUUUUGUAGACGUUUUCUACAAAGAUGUUAUAGCUAAGUUUAUAUCGCAUAUUAAAGCCUUAACAAAUUGAUAAAAACCUA